CUCACAUCAGAAACGAGGUCAUGUGCACAAAUAGGUCUGCUCCACAACCGCCAAGUCUGGCUGACCGGGGAUGCGCCAAGCUGGAAGAAUGCUGCGUUCUGCUGCUAGGGACCCACGGCCCGAGCACCUAGAGUGACAGAACGGAUCAAAAAUUGCCAUGAAGGUCCUUGCAUCCAGGCCGUGAGACAUCAGGCUGAGCCGAUUCCCGCCGAGCCAAUAUAUGCGGCAUGCUUCAGCUUCAGUUCAAAAAAAAUGACGUAGCUGCUAGCCCGGCACAUGAGAGUUUCCUUGCCGCCGCCCUGAACAAAUUCAAUUCAUUUCGUCAUUUUCUGAUAUAUCCCUCAUUGUAGGGCUGGGCCCAGGCCACGGCUCGGCGGACCGCCGUUUAUCGCGCCACCAAGUUCAUGUGAUCCUCUCGCGUUGCGUAAUGUUUUGAUAUGCGAACGCGCUUCUUUAAAGCCGAUAUAACGACGACGAACGGAGCUUGACGGGCAGACACGAACUCACGAAAAUGCCGCUUGCGCCGAAAGUAUAUACCUGGCUGUGCGGGCUGUUCGCGUCACUGGGGAGUAUCAUCUUUGGCUAUGACUUGGGUGUCAUCGCCGGUGUGACACCAGCCUCCGACUUCAUAGCCCACAUGGGGCCCCUAUGGCUGACCAACAGCAACAUCCAAGGCCUCGUCGUGUCCAUCCUCGUCCUCGGCUGUCUCCUCGGGAUGGUCCCCGUCGCCUGGGUCGCCGACAAAUUCGGUCGCCGCCACACCAUCCAGCUCGGCGCGCUGAUCUACAUGCUCGGCGGCGCGCUGCAGACCGGCGCGCGCAACCUCGGGAUGAUGCUCGCGGGGCGGUUCUUCGCGGGUGUCGGGAUCGGCAUCAUGUCGGAUCUGGCGCCGCUGUACCAGGCGGAGAUUGCGCACCCGAGUAUCCGGGGCCGGUUGACCACGCUGCAGCAGGUGAGAACGGUUCGUGCUCUCCGGGUUCCUCCGACUGACGUGCCGAAGUUCAUGCUCGGCAUCGGUGCGUUCACCGCGUCGUGGGUGACCUACGGCUGUUCGGCUGGGUUGAAGGGCCAUGCCGCUGAAUGGCGGCUUCCUUUGGGUCUUCAGAUCAUCCCUGCCAUCCCUCUGUUCAGUUUCAUCCUGCUCCUCCCCGAAUCUCCUCGCUGGCUCGCCGAAAAGGGCCGCAUGGACGAAGCGCGAGCAACGCUCGCACGUCUGCACGCACGCGGCGACCUCGACGAUGCAUUCGUGCUUGCCCAGAUGAAGGACAUCGAGGCCGACAUCCAUCGCAACCGCGAGAUGGGGGAGGCGUCCUGGAGCGAACUGUUCACCAACGGGAGCAAUUUCCGGCGUCUGGCGCUGGGCUAUAUCCUGCAGUUCUCCGUGCAGAUGACGGGUGUCAGCGCGAUCCAGUACUACUCCACGACGAUCUUCAAGACCAUGGGCUUUUCUUCGACACGGAUCCUGCUGUUCCAGUCGAUCAACUCUAUUAUCGCGCUGAUCGGCGAGGCUGCCUGCGUGCUUUGGAUUGACCACGUCGGCCGACGAGGGCCCUUGAUCGUCGGCAACGUCGCAUCGGGCUUGUCUUUCGUAGUCGGGUCGAUUCUCAUGGCCCGAUGGCCCGGUACUGUGAACAACAAUGCCGCUCACUAUAUCUUCAUUCUGACGACCUGGGUAUUCAACUUCUUCUUCAGCGCCUGCAUCGGCCCGCUUUCCUGGGCGUACCCAGCCGAGAUCUACUCGACUCGAACACGCGCCAAGGCCACUGCCAUCACCAGCUCUGCGUCGUGGAUUUCCAACUUUAUGAUCGCCCAGGUGACUUCACCGGCGUUCCAGAGUAUUGGAUGGAAAUAUUAUCUCGUCUUUGCGAUCUGCGGGCACACCAACGCUCUGUUCGUUUGGGCCUUCUACCCAGAAACGACCGGCCGUCGUCUAGAAGAAAUGGACACCCUCUUCGCUGACGCGCCCCUGUUCGUGCCAGGCACGCCAUACGUCAAGCGCGGCGACCGACACGCUGCGGAACGCGAGCUGCGCGACGGGACGUUCCGGCCCGGGGACCUCACCGAGCGCGCCGUGCCGCAGGACUACGAGGCUAAGCCGAGUGUCGAGAAGGUCAGCGACGAGCGGAUCGAUUGAGCUCCCUUGUGUAUGCUUGGUGAUGCCAUUUCUUUCACCGGUCACGAUAUCAUGCUGUAUAUUAGCUGUACUUGUUGUCUCUAGUCUCAUUCUGUCAUGUCAGCCGCACUGAAUCUUGGUGAAGCGAU